AUGACUGCAAUCGAUUACUGCGACAGUCGGCCUGGCCAGCAGACCAUCAUCUCAGCAGACAGCCUGCCCCAUGAUUCUUCCUGCAAACGCUGCGAGCUACCUGCAGACAUUCCAAAUGGCCAUUAUAUAAUAGUGCAUGGCACUGACUUUGUUUAUGGAGCCACUAUCAAAUACAUAUGUAAAGAAGGCUACCAGAUGGUGAGUCGGGUAAACACCAGAACAUGUUUAGCUGGGGGAUGGGAUGAUCGCUUGCCUAUAUGUCAAGGCAAUGGUGGCUGUGGUCCACCCCCUCAUAUUGAGUUUGCAGAAACAACUACUUUUCAGAAAACAUACUACAGACCAGAUGAAACAGUCCAAUACAUAUGCCACAACUACUACAAACAGGAUGGUAAUCCCUACAUGACCUGCACACAAGGGAAAUGGAAAAGAGGAUAUCUACGGUGUUUAAGUAUGUAA